CAUACAUUUCCAUCCAAUUUCAUAAUUAACGUGUUUUAUUUCCCUUCAAUCAAUAAAUUCCCCUGUUACCAUUAUUAUUAUUCCUUCAUUUCUCCUUCUUCUAAUCAAAAGCAGCAGAAAUGGUGACAGCAAAAACAAUCGAUCUUAGGUCCGACACAGUAACAAAACCAACGGAAUCCAUGAGACAAGCAAUGUCAAAAGCUGAAGUAGACGACGACGUUUUGAUAUAUGACCCGACAGCCCGACAACUAGAAAACGAAAUGGCCCGAAUCACAGGCAAAGAGGCUGCCCUGUUUGUUCCCUCAGGAACAAUGGGCAACCUCAUUAGCGUUCUCGUUCACUGCGAAAUACGCGGCAGUGAAGUAAUACUUGGCGAUAAUUCCCACAUUCAUAUCUACGAAAACGGUGGGAUUUCGACUAUUGGCGGUGUUCAUCCGAGACCCGUUAAGAAUAAUAAAGAUGGCACUAUUGAUAUUGGUUUGAUUGAAUCCGCUAUUCGAAACCCGGAUUUUGAAAUUUGUUAUCCAAAAACUAGGCUUAUUUGUCUUGAGAAUUCCCAUGCCAACUCUGGUGGGAGGUGUCUUUCGGUUGAGUACACGGAUGAGGUUGGGGCUCUUGCAAAGAAGCAUGGUUUGAAGCUUCAUAUCGAUGGGGCUCGUAUCUUUAAUGCAUCUGCUGCUCUCAAUGUUCCUGUUCAUAGGCUUGUACAGGCUGCUGAUUCUGUGUCGGUAUGCUUGUCAAAAGGACUUGGUGCACCGGUUGGAAGUGUUAUUGUCGGAACAAAAAGCUUCAUUGCCAGGGCAAGGAUUCUACGGAAAACUUUGGGGGGUGGAAUGAGGCAAGUUGGCAUAUUAUGUGCUGCUGCUCUUGUUGCUUUACAAGAAAAUGUCCAAAAGCUUGAAACUGAUCACAAGAAUGCCAAGGCUUUAGCUGAUGGGCUAAAUAAAAUCAAGGGUCUGAGUGUAGACGUAGAUUCUGUUGAGACAAAUAUUGUCUAUUUUGAUAUAUCAGAUGGUUCACAUAUUACUGCUAUGAAGUUGGGCAAAAUAUUGGAAGAGCAUGGUAUACUUUUGAUGCCUGAUAGCUCAUCCAGAGUAAGGAUUGUCAUUCACCACCAAGUAUCUGCAAGCGACUUGCAAUACACAUUGUCAUGCAUAAAGCAAGCUAUGACUGGAGUGGCGGAUGAAAAUGGUAGCAACUAAAGAAAAUUAUAACCUUUGUGAAGAUCAUUUCCAUUUCCAGUUGUUAUUGUUUUCGGAUUUAUGUAGGCAGUUAGCUUCUUAAUGACAAAUGUUAUUGAUGACUAUGGUUUUUAUGUUGCUUUCAAGACAGUGAAUGGCUUAAUAUGUUGAAACUCAGACCAGUUGAUUAUA